AUGUGUGGUGGUGGUGUUGGUGGUGGUGGUGGUGGUGGUGGUGGUGGUGGUGGUGGUGGAGGCAGGGAGGAUGUUGUGGUGUGGUGUAGCCGCAGGUCUACCGCAGGUCGUCGUGGAUGCGCACGUGGCCGGGUAGGCCCGUGCGAUGCGUGAAAGUGCGAGGGCACUAGGAUUCUCGUGCGCGGCGACUAGAUGCAGUUAACACCAACCCCUCCACCCCCCGCCCAACUCGCAUCAUGGGACUGUCCCCCAGUGUCAGCUCAGUGUCGUGCAGCUCGGCUGACGGAAGUCUGGUUGCGGUCACGGCUACCGUGUUCUGCAGCUUCAGGUCUGCUUUGUUCACCACAGGAUGAACUCAACUCCUUGAAAGUGGCAGAAAGACGCCAGCGAGGAACAGCAGACCAGCGUCAAGCACAACUCCGUCUUCAGCAUUCAUGCUGCGCUCUGAAGAACACAUUCAUUUGCGUGAUAAUGUUGUAAACGACGGUACGGCAAAAACCUUGGAAGACUAACGAUUUUGCCAUCAAACAUAUACCGCCAGUCGGAGACCGAUUUAAACGCAGUAUCCAUUAACUUUUCGGAAUGGUGCCGAUGGAUAUCAAUUCAACUUUAAGAUGACAAAUCCACCCCGCGGUGAGGAAACGCACAUGAUUACCAGCGCAAUGAACUGCUAUUCCUUUCGACUUUUAAUUCGACAGAAUGCAAGUAAUUCCCUUUUGAAAUUCUGUCAAUUGCUUCAUCACUGCAUUGCGGAUGUGUAUGCAAAAAUCGAAACAGAACGCCUGCUUUUCAUUUGCUUGAAUCAGACCAAGCUGCACUCUGGAGAAUAUAUUCCUUUGCAUGAUGCAGUUGUAAACGACGGUAAUACAACUAACGUUGUAAGACUACUGAUUUUGUCAUCCACAUGCACAGACAGUCCACUCCAUAUGCUCGGGUACGCUCGAGGUGCAAAUGUUUGUCAGUACGGACGUCCAGACCUUCCCAAUAAAUUUACACGCAAGCCAGUUUGGGGGGAUAUUUAUUAGCUCUUACUUCCUGGGCUAACGACAGUGAAUAGGUAUGACAUCACAGUACGUGUUUUCAGGAAGAAACCGAAGUCGCUGAUGAACUUCAUGGUGAAACAGAAGGUGUUUGGGUCUAUGCGCUGCCGGAUGUACCAGGAGGAAUGGCAAGAGAUGGGGACUGCCCCACGCAUAUGUCUGGAUCUGGUUCUAUAACAAUAUCACCUCCAACGAAAUCGCCGAUGCAAUAUGAAUUACCUGACGCCGACCUCGACAACGAUUUGCACGAAGUCGCGGCGAAGAAUAUGAUAAAUGGACCUUGCGGUGCACUGAAUCCUAAUUCUCUCCCCCCUCACUCCCCGCCCCCGGCAUGAUAGACGGAAAAUGCUCUAAGACAUAUCCUAGGGCAUUCGUAUGUGCCACAGUUAACAGUAACGACGGAAAUUUCUUAUACUGAAACCGAUCAGCGGAAGACGUCGGCAGAUGGUCAACUGUACGAAUGCGAACCGGUGACAUACAAGUCGGUGACCGCUGGGCUGUUUCCUAUUCGCCUUUGCUUUUAAAAGCAAACGAAGUUCUAAUAAACGUGGUAAACUGCAAUACUGGGAAAUUAAUUUGGUGCAUUUGUAAGUACGUAAAUAAAGGCAACGACAUGGCUGUUUUCGGCCUGCAAAACGAAAGAAGAGGAUGGGAUGCGGACAUACAGCUCGAUGAAAUCGCACAGUAUUGGGCUGGAAGAUGCAUCAACAGCAACAAAGCCCUGUGGCGAAUUCUUUCUUUUCCCAUCCAGGAGCGAAGUCCAGGUGUUUUUAACUUGCAGUAACCUUAGUGAAGGAGCAAUGCGUUUACUUUACCGAUGCACAUGCGCAACAGGCCACGGGCAACACGCAUUAACUGCGUUCUUCCCGUUAAGCCAAACGGACGCGUUUGCGAAAACACUGCCGUAUUUGGAAAGUCCUACGCAUUACAUAUAGGAUUCGUAGAGAAAAUCAUUCGAACGACGAAAACGAGGAGGGCGGGUCGCCGGACAACCCCGCAUACUCAAAGGAACUGCGAUAGGCAGACAGUACACCGUACAUCCCAGUCAGGACGAAUUCUUCUUUCUUCGCAGGCUGUUGGUAAAUGUGGCUGGUCCAACGUCCUCCCAGCAACUGAGAAUUGCCAGCGGCGUUACACAUGCCACUUUCCGCAGUGAAUAACAGGCUCUCAAUUUAAUGGGAAACGACCGACACUGGGAUGUAUGCAUUAAUGACGCGUGCAACACGUCCCAUCCACGUUACAUUCGAACAUUGUUUGCUGUCAUAUUGGCCGCCUGCUCUCCUUUCUCUCCAACAGAAUUAUGGGAGAAAUAUGAAACGUACACGCCCACUUUGCGCGGUCAUCCGCUAAAACUACGAGCAGGGAAAGCAAGGAUCAAUGGACGAAAGUUCUUUUUCAGUAACAGAUUGGUUGCAGCGUGGAGUGCCCUGCCUACGGAUGUUGUAACCUCCUCCUGUGUAAAUUCCUUUUAGUGUAGACUUGACGCGUAUCAAGCUUCCCAACUGCCAGCCUCACAUCCCCUCACAUAACCGGCACUAACUUAUAUGUGUUUAUACUACUUGUAAUUAGUAAGUAACCGUUAAUGAUUACUCUUCCUAGACUAGCUGUCGGCUGUCCGCGAUUAUGAACAACAUCCUUUUUCACCUUCUCACAUAUCAAUGUUUUUCUCCGACGGCUUGUAACCAAUAGGGAGUUCAAAGACGUUCGCCUCUCUCCCUCUGCUCCAGAUGCGACAUUAAAUGUCCCUUAAUAAUUCGUUCCCUGACCUUGCACACAAUGUACGUAAAACUAAUAGGACGGUAAUUUUCGGGCUCCAGCCUGGAUCCUCCUUUAUAGACUGCAGAAAAAUGACCGUUUUCCAUUCCUCCGGCAGUUUGCCCUCCUUCGUUGACUUCUGAAAUAUCAUUGACACCCACUCACACGGUAUGUCAGCUAAUCCGCGAAAGGCAAGUGGAUAAAUUCUCUCUGAGCCAGGUAAUUUGGCAGGCUUCAGCCCUCGUAGUUCGGUCCUUAUCAACGUGGGUGAGAAGGAAACAUUAUCUUCCAAUGCAGGCGAGGAAGGAUUUUGUAUUUGGUCUACGUAAAGCAUAGGAGGAUUUGUGUCAUGAGUGAAUACCGACUGAAAGAAACUGGAGACGGCUGAUGCUUUCAGGUGAUCAUCUGUCUCACUUACUCCGUCUUGGGAUCUCAGUGCUGGAAUCGGGUUGCGAUUGCUCUUGCCACUGCGUAUGUGACUAUAGAGGAUUUUAGGAUGCUCCAAGGAGUUUUGUGAUGUGCAGAACUCAUAGUUUCUUCGAAGUCUAUUAGCCUCGUGUUUACACACAUUCCGCUGUGGCUUGUAUUCCUUUAGGUUUUCAGGACUCUCUGUUUGUCAAUAGCGUUUCCACACUUUAUUUCUCUUCUUAAACGCAGUUUGCAGUUCCCGAUCUAUCCACGGCGAACGGUUGCUUGUUUUUUUACGUCUGAGUGAACAGUUUAAAUUAACGAUUCCUUUGGCCAGUGGGCUGAACGUGCUCGAGUAGUCGUUCACUGUUCCCUGCAAUGUGGUUGUCCACGGUAUUGUUGAGACUUGCGUUGGCGUGCUGGAAAAAUCCCCAUUCCAGAUACUUGUUUGUAAUUGCUCAGGUGAAUCAGGUUGUGUGAACAUAGAGUACUCGAAGAGCAUCACAAUAUGAUCACUAGCACCAAUUGGAGGGAGAUUUGUACAUCAGCACACUCUCCUCAUCUCGAGUGAGCACCAGUCCGAGGCAACCUGAACAGUGCCCUUCCCUAACACGUGUUCCGAAAGUUGCAUUCUGAAAAAGUAGUUUUUCGGCUGCCAAUCCAAGCAAAUGUUGUCCGAAUGUCCUGGACGGACCCGAAACCAUCCAUGCUAACUAGUCGAUAUUGGGGGUAUUAAACUUCCCAAAAAUAAGUACGUUUCUUUUCGAGCAGGUCUUGUUCAGUUACCUUAGGAGAAGUCUAUCGCGUUCGGCAAUCUGGUUUGGGGGCGCGAUCCAACUACAAACGCCAUCAGCCGGAUGUAUUUAGUGGAGAUAGUUAAAGAUAAGAAUUUCACUUCCGCCGUUGUUGUAAGAUUUUGCUCAGAGACCGCGGUCAGGUUGAAGCUAACAUAGACAGCGACCCUUCCUCCUCGACUUGUCCUGUCUGUUCUAAGCAGUUGGUAGCCCCUGAGGGAUACCUCAUUAUCUCCAAUAGCCUCAGAAAACCAUGUUUCUGUCCAGACGAUUAUAUCUGGCGCGUGCUCGUCGAUCAUAGUCCUGAAUUCAUCCGUCUUGCGUUGGCUCUGCGCAUUCGAAUACAGCACCUUUAGAGUCCGUCUUCUCAUAGGGAACCGACCCUGAUUACAAAGAGGGUUAGGCAAAGGAACGAUCGCUUGAUUAGUAUUAUCUUGCCUUCUUUUAUUUUCAACCCCUUCUCCCCCUCUCCUGUCCUCCUUUUCAGUUCUGUCCAGAGCUCCCUCAUCUUGUGUCUUUCUGUCGGUUCGUAAGCCGGCUAAAUAAACACCUCCUUAUGCGAAUGACGAAGCGCCAUCCUCCCUUAUUGGAGAUGGGAAACCUGGGCUUCAUUUGCAAAGACGAUUUUGAGAGGCCACACUCGACGCAUCGCGUUUCCUAGGUGGAAGGCUUUGUGCACGGUACCACAUUCUCCGUCCUGAAGGAUGGCAUUUGCAUAUGUUCGAUUCUUUCUUUUGUAAUCGAAGAAGUGGACUCAGAAGCUUCCUUUUUGAUGAUAUUUCGUUUUUGGCCUAGAUGUCUGUUUGGUAGAGAGGCCCGGCGUUUAUUUUUACACGCGCGGUCAGCAUCCCAUCAAUUUCCGCUAUCGUUGUUUUAUUCAGAGACAGCUGUCAUGGCAUAGCGACCACAGUGUUUCUCACCCACCGAGGCUUCUUGGUCGGACGAUGCAUCCUUCGGCAGUGUGGUACCUGCUGGCAUUGUGUGUGCACUCUGCCCUCUCAGACGAACAGUCUGACCUGCUUUUUCUUUUCGGGAUGUCUUGGGGCGCUUCUGCGUUUCCUGGGAUCCCUCUUUGUCGUUCAUUUCUUGCAAAAGAGGUCGGUUCUCAGUUUUGAUAGCUUCCUUAGACGGGCUGUCUUUUUCCUUGGCGGCUGAUCCAGUUAAUGAGACUGUGCUGGGAGAGGAUUGCCAUUCUUAGCUUGGCGGAAGGUGCCUUGCAAAUGUGACCGAGCAAAAAGAUCUUGGGAUCAACAUUUUUCGACUCUUAGGCCUUCCUCCCUAUGCGUUAGGGCGGCCAUAAAGGCAACCAGUGUUCUCUUUGCAAUUAAACGAACUUUCAUAAAUAUAGACAAAGAGUUAUUUGGAAAAGUAUACGGAGCGUUCAUUUGUUAGAAUCAGGAAUGUGGAAUCCAAACGUGGCGCCCGUGGUUAAAAAAGCCUAUAAGUUGAUAGAAAGAGUUCAGAGGAGAGCGACAAAAUUGUGAAGGGCCUCAGGACUUUACCUUACAACUCCAGAGUUAGUGGACGUAAACUAUUUCCUCUUGAGUACAGGCAGAUUCGAGGAGAUCUCAUUCAGGCGUAUCAGACGUUGAGGAACCGGGACUGUGCCCUAAACGUAGACGAUUUCUUCACCCUGGCCACAACAACAAACCUGCGUGGGAACUCUUUAAAACUUAGAGGAUCCCAAUGCCGUCUGGACGUUCGCAGAUACUCUUUUUCUCAGCGAGUCGUCGGUGACGGGAACGGGCUUUCCGAGGUCCUGAUAAUGGCGGACUCCACGGAGACAUUCAAGGAAAGACUAGAUGUAUAUUUGCUUGGAAAAUACCGCUUGUCUGGAUAGAACAGCUGAUCGGUUCGAGCAGGAACCCGAAACGUCAGGCAAGAAAGCUCUUGUCCCAGCGAUCGUGUCUCCUUCUUCAAGACUAAUUCCUGGGAUUCGUGUCUUCGCUUCUAUUGGCAUUCUAUUCCCCAGGACCCGGCGAUCGAGACAAUGGAGCUGCUUUUACAAAGCAAAUACGAUGAAACGGAGAAUCCUCUUAGACAUGCCCAAAUCCUUCAGCUCCUGAAGCUCUGUCUCAGGACCUACUUCACGUUCGACGGGACAAUCUACAAAAAGGUGAAGGGCACACCAAUGGGUUCGUCGAUUUCGGGAUUCAUCUCCGAGGCGGUUCUGCAACGGUUAGAGUCGCUGGUAUUCCAACACCACAAACCGAAGUUCUGGCCCGUUAUAUGGAUGAUAUCUUCGUCGUCAUCGAACGGAAUCAGGUGCUGACAUUCCAAGAACAUCUCAACGUCGUCUUCCCGGACAUUCGUUUCACGAUGGAGGAGAAAUAGAACAACCCGCUAGAUUUCCCGGAUGUCCUCUUAUGCUGCAAAGAUUGUGGUGGAAUAAAGACUAAAGUGUUCAGGAAAGCGACAAAUACGAUACAAGUGCUGAACUUCAACAGUAACCACCCAAUCAGCCACAAACGCAUUUGUGUAAGGACGCUCUAUUGGUUUGUCGAAACGCACUGCAGUGAGCCGGAAGACAAAAUUGCGAACUACAAUACCUCCGACAGGUAUUCAAAGCCAAUGGCUACCCGAGCAACUUUGUCAACCGGUGCAUACGCAAAAGGGACGGAAGGUCUAACCGCACGGACACCAAAUCUUGGCGGGCGCUUCCGUAUGUCUAGAACAUUUCGGAAGCUGUCGGGCGCCUUCUCGCACCACUUGGGGUUGGAGUGGCACACAGACCGGAGGCAACCGUCAGGCGUCCGGUCAUGAAACCGAAAGACCCACUGCCACGGCUAGAAACGUCUGGAGUCGUUUAUCGGAUCUGGUGUAGUUGCGGACAAAGCAACUACGUCGGAGAAUCCGGUAGACAGCUCCGAACGAGAAUAACCGAACACGCUGCAACGAUGCGGCGAAAUGACGCCAGCUCUCAAGUUGCGGCUCAUUCGACGAGAUCCGGCCACACAUUCAAAUUCGACGAGACCGAAAUUCUCGCAAGAGGUGACAACCGAGUGAGCCCGGAGCUACUGGAAUCAUGGUUUACUGGCCCCCAGUCCAUCAACAAGUGCAACGAUCUUCCCAUUCAAUACAGCGUGCUGAGACUUUGUCUAGGCGGAGUAAUUUGCCACGCGGGGAGCGCACUGGUGAACACUCCUCCCAACACCCGGGUCAACGCGUCAGAUGGUCGAGCAAUCAUCACAUUAACAUCCAAAUCACGUGAUGAAAUUGCAGCAAUUAACGACGCGAACGUCAGCGAUCAAGCCAUUAACACACCACGUGCAAGGAUCCCGGACGAAGGGGGGGGGCCGUUAAUAGGAAUGCGGUAGCAUGUCGACUGCAUCCUACUAAUACUGCAACCCCUUGUGUAUGAACCACCCGUAUCUGCUUUUGUCUCUGAUGAUGGAUUCGAGUAGGAAUCCGAAACGUCAGGCUAGCAAACCUCUUGUUCCAGUGAUCCUGUCUCCUUCUUCAAUAGAACUGCUCUGUUGUACCAAAACAACACAUUGCAUACACCUGCCGCUAAUGCGGAUGAUUGUCAUUUCAUCCGAUAUCAUCUACAACUGAAUGUAGUCGAGUUUCGGUCCUGCAGCUCCAACGAGGAAUAUUAUGUUGAGUGUAUAUAUUACUGACGACAUUUUAGUAGCACGUUUUUUUCAAAGUUAUAUAUUGCGCUGCCGUUUUCAAUAGGGUUUUCGAAGGCAUUGUCUAUUACCCUUAAAAUAUACUGACCUAUAUAAUGACCUAAUUUGAACGUUGAAGAGUGUGAAAGGAGCACAAACGCUUAAAAUAAUAAAUAAAGACACUUCGAUGUGAAUAAGAACAGAAUAACACCUAUGCUUAUUAAUAAGAAUGUAAAAGGAGUCCGAAAUGGGGAAUGGUCGCCGUCGCAACCCACAGGAACUGAUUUGUGAUUAUUAAAUAAGAGACCAUUUCCCGUCGACCAUGCUGAAACAUGUUCGAAAUCUUCCACCAGGAAGUCUAGAUGAAAUACAUUUAAGAUGGGCGGCUGACAACCAUAUUAUCGGCGUACUUAACCUGUAGGCGGUCGUUGAGCAAUCAAUCCCCAAGCCCAGAAGGAAAAAAUACAGAAAGAAAAGUAAACUGCAAGUCAGGAAACAAUGCAGCAAAGAGUACUGAUACGUUUUCUUUCGGAAGUGUUGACGCAGAACAACUUUAAGGAGGGAUGAGUGAUCAAGAAGUGCACAUGCGUACGAACGGCAAUCCUGUAGGUCGCAGAUCUUUUAGGGGACCCCAAGAGUAGCAGCGCGAAAUACUUGGUCGAUUGUGGGCCAGAGAGACAUGUUAUCCAUCCGGCAGCGAGUGAUUUGCGGUGUGUUGUGUUCGUGCGUCUGACACUUGUCUAUCAUUACGCGAAGGUGAUUGACUAGAUCGUUCUUCUGUGGGCUCUGUGGUUGGCUGGUUUGCUGAGUGUGAGGACGGUAUGAUCUGGAGACAUCAGGGGUGACAAUCCGCACAGGUUGAGGUGCAUCAAGUGACGCCUGCUUGUGGGCGCUGCUGUAACUACGCGCAACUGGACAAGGGGGUCCUCAGGUGAAGCCGCGGGGCUGACGGUAUAUUAGCAGCAUCCCUGCACCUCAAUUGGGUUGUCGCGCUCGUCUACUGACAGCCCAACGCCGGAACGACUGCUACACUCCAUGCAAACUGCCCAUCAGCAGGAGAUGCAAGGUCAAAUACCGAUCGUCUUUUAAUCAAACCCCACUAAAUGAAAAAAGUCUGGCUUUUCAGCACAAAAUGUAGUGUAAUUUCAAUAAUGACUUUCAAUUUAGGGAAAUAAUCUUACGAUUCUCAGCCAAAUCACAUGAAUGGGGACAUUAUGCUGGCCAAACCGGACGAUGUCUUAGCUCGCGAAUACACGAGCACAAACGGGAUGUUCGGAGAGGUGACCCGCUCUCUGAAGCCUCCCCUCACGCGCUUGAGGAAGGCCGUGAGUUGGGCUUCGCAAGCAUGCGGAUGCUGGCGCGGGCCAGCAACAACGCGGGGCGGAAAAUGUUGGAGGCGUGGGUGUCAGACACAAACUCCAUCAACAGAUAUAUUGACGUAUCCCCUGCUAUCACGUGCUACGCCCACGCAGUCAGGUAGCAUGGCCCGCAUCGCCGCCAAGGCCAAACGCCGUCACCUGGGCCAGGUGGCACGAACCAGAUCCAGACAUGGGCGCAACGUCCUCCCCCCCCCAACCCCACGGUACGACUGUCUAAUUAUUCACACGUUAUUACAGUCCAACAGACACUGAUGAUGAACUCCUGUUAAUGUUAGAAAGCUCGGGCUAAGAAAGCCACCGUGCCAGCGAUCACACCUUUGUCUUCCUUUCAUGAGUAUAGAUAUCGUAAGCCUACGCUAUGAUGUUGUUAGACAUGCCGAGUACUUUGUGUGCCGAAUACAUGGGACGGUGUAAUAUUCAAGGUUCGCAAGGGGAUAUUUAACCAAGUCGAAGAAUUGGGUAUGCAGGUGAUGUUAUAUUCGCAAAGGGUGCAUAGAAAUGAAUUGGGGCCCCAUAAGUUGCUUGAGCAAAUUUGAAAUGUUGCACUCGUAUUUGACAUUUGCUGAAUGAUCACUACAUAGGCUUAUCGAUUACUGUCAGUUUUCUUACGACGGACACAUGAAUUGUCUGACUUGAUACCCAACCAGUUUUUGUCCCUGGCCGAGGAAUUCAAAUUCGAAAUCAGCAUGCCCAGUUCCAACCAGUUUUUUGGCCAGGCCUUCUUAUUUUCCACGCCGUGUUUGUCAUUUCACGGAACGUCCAAUUGCUCGAGAUGUGCCGAAGCUAUUUGGAGCACGAUCACACCCAGAUUACGAUGGUACCAAGCCGAUAUUGACCCAAAAAUGCAUAGCCGUUCGAUUAGGGUGUCCCGGCAUUCCUGGCGACUUAUAGUGUUUCGGCGUUAAAGAACGCUCAUCUUCCUACAAAGGCGUUUGCCUAUUUUUCGCUUAAUAAAACUCAAUUGAACCUAAGUCGAAAAGCAGCGUGCAAAACGCCAACGAAAUUACCAAUUUUUACCUACUGAACAUUGACAGCGUAUGGCCUUCUGACGAUAGUAAGUGCACUCAAAAAAUAAGAGCGAUCAUUUGUGUCAGGCUAAUUUGUUGAAUUCCGCUAUCCCUAGAGAUUUAAAGUGUGCCACAUUUAUUUGACACCUCCCCUAUGCUAUAUGUUCCAAUGGCUCUAGUUCAUCCUUCUUUAUCUACAGGUGAGGAGGUCAAUUUCCUCUGUCCUUUGAGGCAUGUAGCUAGCAACAUCCUCUCAAUUUCAAUGGGAAAUAUCUUUUCGUGAACUUUACAAACCUUCGUGUCAGAGCAGUUCGAGCCAGUGUCAUCCGCUACGUAGACUGCCAUAGGCACACAUCGACCCAGUAUUUUCAGGGCACCAGAGAGCUACCUCAGUCUUCUCCCAUAUCCUCCGAAACGCCUGCUAUCGCAUUUCAAAAUACUUCAGCCAGGUCAGUAAUGUUAGGAAGGAAAGUGAAUUGCACCAAUCGUCACUCGCCUAUUCACGAAGCGAUGUUUUCGCGUAAUAUGUAUGCUUGGCGCAGUUGCCUAUUCGAGGUAGUGGAAAAAUGACUGGCGAGUUGCAGGGUUAUCGCAGCAUGCAGGCAUCGCAAAGGUAGGCGUUCAAAUCAGCGGUGAUAACAAUUUAGUUUUUUUCGAAAGGCAUCAGCCAGAAAAUAGUUUUGGUUUUUCAGGGCCUCGCUUUGCCUACGCAUAUCGUCAGGGAAUUGACCAACGAGGAAAUCAAAAAUAAGGAGAUGGGGAAAGGUGCAUUGUCAAAACUGUUUUUUUGACUUCUUGCUUUCUUUGAAUAUUUUUGGUCUCAUAAUACCGCUGUAGUGUACGCAGGUAAAAGUGAAAAGCGAUUUCGAGGAUGCAGUCCAGAAGAAGAAUCGGUCGCAGGAACAAAUAGAUUGUUUGCCUGAUGCUUCGAAUUCUCAUUCGAAAUCACCAUCAGAUACAGUCGGAGCUACGAAAAAUGAUGGCUCAAGGACCGUUGCAUUUAUAAACCGCAUUUUCUAUGCGACUGUUGUUAAUUAUGGUCAGCAUGUAAUGGCGCGGCAAAUGCUGUCUAUAAACAGCGCACUCUUUAUGACCUCACUACCCAUAUAUGUCGCUAUCCCUGGUGAUGUGUUCGAAUAUACCUCCGAAACGUUUUAGAUUACGUUUGAUCUUAACACUCUAUGUUGUCUACUGAGAACGUUUUCAUCAAUGCUGCAUUGCGACUAGUGAAUACCACCUAUCUUCAUAGCUCACGUGUACCAAAGACGUGCGAACUCUUGUCCCAGGUCGUAGAAAUUUUGAAAAUGUUCACAGCCAUGCAUCUACAUUACCGAUUACUUUGUACUAAAUGAGGCUUACCGAUUACCACAUGAUUUCAGUGGUCAACCGGCGUAAUAUUAUAAAAAUAAUUUUCACUGGUUUAGCAAAUGAUAACCAUAGUCAAGCUGUUGAUUCUACAGCCGUCAACUGAACAAGACCAAUGUGGAUUUUGGGAAUGUGCGUUGGAUCUCUGACUUACGACGGUUUCCUUUAAAAAUGAAACAGUGUAUGUGGUAAUUUGGUUUGGUGCGAAAGGAGUUAGCACUAUUUGCCGCCAAUCGGAGUGUAUUUUAAUUUGCGAUUAAUUUUAACGAUGGGACUAAAAUAUCUUCUACAGGAAAUAAUGAAACCGCAUAUCGAUGUGCUUGGCAAGACAUGCAUAAAAGUGGCCGGUAGGUCUGAAAUAUAUGCCCCACUAGACAGAACAUGGGAAUAGGAACUCAUGGCCAAGUAUAAAGACGGACCUGCACAUAAUUCCGGAAAGGUCAAAUAUUCCCAUGUCCUAACAACAAAAACCCCAAUAUAAACUAAACUUUUGCCGCGAUGUUAAUCCUAACAUUUACUCUGUGGUUGACACUAUCUAAUGCCAAAACGUCAAACACGAUCCUGAGUCAGGUCACCGUUAACUUCAAAUCCAGCCCUAAAUCUAUUUCGUAACUCAACCCUAAACUUGAUCUUCAACAUAAACCUACUUUCACUGUAAGAUGCCUCAAAACCACCCGUAUUGCAUGCGGUUCCUAUCCCCGUAUCCUGUUUGGGGGACACAAAAGCCAUCCAUACCCAAAGACCCGCCAGUUUGCACGUGAUAGCUUAUAGUUACGUCGUCUGUGGCGUCUCGGAAAUGUCAGAUACCAUUAUACCGCACCUGACAGAUACCUUCGGUUGUCGACAAUGUUUGCCGGGCGCAGGAAUAUCCUGCCACUGGAUUCUUGCCAAUCGAUGAAACGACGUUUGCGCACUGGUCUCCUUUUGACUUCUGUGAGGCUGGGAUCGUCGACGAGCACUCACAACUCUCCCAUCCUAACUUGUACGAGGGUUAGAUUGUUGCACGAAAUAUCACUUAUCACGUUCUGUCUCCUCAUGUUGUUUUUUCGGAAACCAUUAUUCUCCCCCAUAGCACACUACCGACCUUUUGAUCCAAAGCACACUGAUUCCGUGUGUUUGAGUCGCGUGUGCAAAUUUCGUACAAUACGUCAAUCCAUCGAUGACGCACAAUUUUCGUCGGUUACAAUGACGUCCGUCUUCAUCGUUUCUGUCCAAUUCCAGUAAGGGAUUUUUUAAUACCUUUAAAUUGCCGUUCAUAUAACGUCAUGUAUUUGCAUUUACGAAUGUGGCUUGUAAAGUUAACAAUAUGCUCAAAUGCACUGCUUAAUUUUAUGAACCUUAUAUGAUCUCUUCUUAACACCGUAGAGAAAUGCAUGGUUUUCCGUACACGGAAAAUAUACAGCUUGUGGUUUUGAAACCCUGAAUUCAAGUGUAACAGCAGGUCGGGUUCAAAAUUAUUCGGGAAUUACAAAACUUUUUUAAAACCGAAUUAUACUCCUCUUUUGACUGUGAAAUUGGAACAAGACGUGAUUGUCUACCGAAUAUGUGAAAAAAUAAUUAUUUUUAUGCAUGUUUUCCAUAAAAAGUAAUUGAAUUUUCAAGGGCAUGGAAAAUCAAUAAGAAAAUUGUAUGCUACUUAAGUAGUCAUUUUUUGGUAGAGAAUGGAUUUUGCAUGCAGCCAAAAGUAAGUUCAUUCGAAAGCCGACACCCUGAGGUAAUUGGAUCAUUAUAGAUUUAUGCUGCAUCAUGAUUAGUUUUACAACACUACUUAAUUUAUCUUUUCGAAACGAGAACGCAUUUCAAAAUUUUGGUUGACAUUUCAUGAGUUAGCACAUCUACUGUAUAACUAGACAUUUCUGACUGCCCCUUUUCGCCAUACAUUUGGGUCAUUCUAACUGGGCAUUCCAGUGGUUUGGUAUUGCUAAAUUGAACGCUCAUGAUGAUUAAAGAGAGGCCUAGCGUAUUGGCGUGAACAAUUUUCUUUCAACGACGGUUGAUAAGCCAGGGAUGAGAUUGCUGAUUUAUAAAUUUAAUUUGUCCGACGUUUUAGCUUUCCAAUUUAAACCAUAAGGGCUGUGGACCCACAGGGAGUAGCUGGAUGGGAACUAAUCCCAGACACAGAACCAGGAAGAAGCAUGGCUUAGCAACAACGGCAAUAGCCAAAAUCGGUAAGGGAAUUGCGCCACAUAUCGCUGCAGAUAUGAUGCAGAAAUUAAUUAUCACACAAAGAAGAAAAAUGUGUGAUGGGUGAGGGUGCUUCUUACUAUGAAAUGUGCAUAAUAGCACGGGAGUGCAUCCUGCUCAUACUACGUUCCAUGAUAGUUCAUCACUUUUAUGUGUGACUUACCCUGCAGACAGAAUCGAGUCGAAUCAGGAAAGUGCGGAUAAAUAACAUUCUUCUUCCGACAAUGGAGUCUCCCACUACUAAACCACUUCGGGAACUCGCCCUUUCGGUUGUAUCUUCAAAUACCACUACUGCUGUUGGUGUUCCACAAUGUGCUGACGUAGAUAUUCACGCACUGCAGCAAUUAUUUGACGCAGCAACACGAGUUAAGGGUUAGGGUAGGGUUAGGGUCAAAAUUUGGGGAACGCUUCAUUUUUGUUGUUGCUUUUGGGACGCAGGAAUAUUUUGCAAUUUAAACCAUAAUCAGAGAUAGAUAAGCAUAAUAGUUAUGGACCCACAUGGACUGGCUGGAUGGACACUAAUCCCAGGUACAGCACUCUCGGAGAAACAUAGCUCAACAGUCACAGCAGCAGCCAAAAUCGUCGAAAAAAUCGCGCCGAUUAACGCCUCAGACAUGAUUCUGUUAGAAAUUGCCCCCAAAAGAAUGACCAACUAAAAGAGGUGAGUAAUGGCACGGAACUGUAUCCUGCGGUCCACGAUGGUUCAUCGCUUUUAACUGUGGCACACCCUGCCGAUAGCUCUGAGUAAAAAAUUGGAAUGUCGGGUGAGUGAAAUUCUUGUUCCAACUGCUUCCGAUAACUUACCCUUUCGGUUGUGCGAUAAAAUGCCACUACUGAUAUCGAUGUUCUGCAACGCCUUGGCAUAGACAUUUACACACUACAGAAAUCGACAUAUUCAGCAACGCGUGUCCAUCACCGAAGUACUGCAAAUGAUCCGAACCCCUCUUUGUUAUCCAGAAAAACAGAAUUUAUCUCCGUAUAUGUGAACCAGAGGCCAAAGUUACUCGACCUCGGAGGCACAUAGAUUCUUCCAGUGGGUUAAGGUAUCGGCACUGAUCAGGCCGAAUUCUAAAUAGAUUAUCAUUAAAAACUUUAGCCACCUCAUGUUAAAUCCUUCCUAAGCGUCUCCGGUCCGAGGACUCGAACUCGACGUCUUUUAUGGGUUAAUUAAUUUAGGCUAUUUUCUUUUAUUCAAUAUUUUUUUUAUUUAAUAUCCAAGACAAAAAAUCAGACAUGUAUUUUACGUGCUUACAAAGCCAUAUGUCAAGGUAAUGUGUGGAGUGUAAUUAUGAAUGCUCUGACAGUUUUCCUUUCUACGGCGAUCGACGCAAAUGCCGGUUUAUCUUACCGGAGUCAGGCGAAAACUGGAGUGAAGGAAACAGUCACACCCAAGGGUCUCGUGAGAACUUCACCAAAUGUCGGUUGGCUCGUAAAAAAACAGACGACGGAAUCUGUGCAGCGUGGUUUUGCCUCUUUUUCUCUUUUUAGAGAUCUGAUCAAUAGGAGCACUGCAAAUGGCAUGCUGAAGAGGUCAAAAGCCUAUUUUCGGUUGUUUUCACCAUCAUGCUCUGCGACUAACGUCAUUGUAUCGUACAAGCGCAAAUCUUUGUUAAACGUUAAAUUCAGACUGAAACGCUCUAAAAAGCCGAUUACUUCACCCUAAUAUUGUUACGUGUCUGAACACAGAUGUGACAGGCAUAGCGUAGCAAUGAUUUCUCCACCAUUGCUUAUGGGCUUUCCGGAAUAUUACCUCAUAAUUAAACAGGGAACUAUCCUCCACGAAACUCGUCAGGUUCGAUCCAAAGGUGGAUGGCAGAAUUUGUGGUGCCGUGUUUGGGGGGGUGGAGAGGGUUUGGGACUCACCGAUGAGCAUAACUCCUUGCAGCUGCAUAGUGCAACACCUCAAAUCAACGAAAGUCUAUCACUGUUCGAAGAAUGGAAAAUUAAUUUAAAUUGGAAUACCAGAUAUAGUUUUUCUAGCAACCGGUUAAGUCGCAUGGACUUUUUUCGAAAAUUCUCGACAAACUCGACUCAUUCGGCGACCUGUCAUGUAUGACAUAUUAUCCGGCAAAAUUUCAUUUUCCCUUUAAUAGCCUCAUUCAAUAUUUUCUUUGGAUGGCCAGCAACGCUAGCCCUUAAUUUUUGCUUAAAUUAACCUGCUACCUCUCCACCAAUUAUGCUAACAUCCUGUAGGGACUUACGAAGGUGCAAUGCAAAUUUUGUGGCAACAAAUAUAUUUACCAUCCUGAUAGGCCUAAAUGAGCAGAACUGAUUUAUGUGAACGUCUAAGAAGGGCAUAAGAACUGGAACCGUUAAAACAUGAGUGGCUUCGAGCCAACGUUCAGUAAAAUUUAGGUUGGGUUUAAAAUAAGUGUUAUGGUCAAUUUAAGAAUUAGGUUUAUGGUUUGAUUUAAAGUUAACGGCAGCGUAAGUCAUAAUCAAGUUUAGGGUUAGAUAAGGAUAUAGUGUAAACUGAGGAGUUAAGAGUUAGGCAGGGUUAGAAUCUAGAUUAAAGCAACGGUCAACUUUUAUCCCAGCGUUAUUGUUAUUGUUGGACACUGGAGUAUUUUGCGUUUUUUAGAAUUAUGCGCAGGUCCGCCUUUAUUAUUUGGCGGGGCAUUCCAAUUUUCACGUCCUGUUCAGGCGUCCACAUACAGUGAGUGACCGAUCGCAUGAAAUGUUGGCCAGAAUUUUGAAAUGGGUUUUCUAUUAGAAAGGAAAACUUAGGUGGGGUUGUAAUAUUGAUGAUCCCGCAGCACAAUCCUAUAGUAUUUAGGAUUCGGCAACAUGUCGGCUAUUGAAUGCACUUCUUUUUAUUCUCCUGUAGAAACUGUACUCGGUAAAAAUGAUUGCUUAAUUAGCAUGCAUUUUUCACAUUGACCUUCGAUGAUUUAUUGAUUAAAAUAUCGUUUAUAAAAAACAUGAACAAACAUAUUCUUUCCUUCAAUCUUUUGACAGAAAACCAAGCCAAAUUUAUACUUCGUAUCCAAAGAAAAAGCAUUGUUAGGUUUUAAAAAAGUUUCUAAUUAUGAGAUUGUUUAAGGCCGUGCAGUGUUCCUUCAUACAGCAUCGUACCUCUCCGUUUACCACUGCUCCUCCUUAAAUGUAAAACAUAGUCCGCAUCCCUUGUCAAAUCUUAUGGACUCUAUAUGUCAUCUUUGUAAAGGCAUGAAACCAGAUAUAAUUUUCCUUACGUGGAACGCAUGUGCCCUGUUGACUGAAAGCACUAGGCCGCUAAUUCAACGGCUAAUUCGGCUUCAAAUUAUUUGGGAAUUAAAAAAAAACUUUUUAAAACCUGACAGCACUCUUUCCUUGAGUACGAAAUAUAAAGAUGACGCGAUUCACUGUCAAACGACUGAAAGAGAUCAAAAUUUUGUAUAUUUUAUUUUUUAAGACCAUCCAACAUCAGUCGGAAAAAUGCACGCUACUGAUGUAGUCAUUUUUCGCCGAGUAUGGUUUCUACAGGAGAUGGAAAAGCUGUGUUCAAAAGCUGACAUCAUGUUGAGUCUGAAAUGUUAUAGGGUUAUGCCGCGAGAUAAUCAGUAUUACAAUUACGCCUGAGUAAUUCUUAUUCAUUCAAAACGCAUUUCGGAAUUUCAGCGACAUUUCAUGAGAUCGGUCACUCACUGUAACUCAGCCACGACUCUUUCACUUUAUCAUUUGUCAUCUUUAACGUCUUGUUCUCCCUUUAUACAAAUUUACAUUCAGAUAGGAGUAAAUACACAGGCACUGUGCGUUGUCAAAUUAAAAAACAGGUUCACAGGCAGGGGUAAUAUACGGGGCUUAGUGAGACAGCAGGGUGUGUGUUUGGGAAGAAUGCCUCAAAAACGGCGAAUAUUAAGUAAGCGCUUAUUUCACCACCUGAAAUGCCUACAUAAAAAUCAGUUUACGAGUUAUUUUUUAAGUAAUACUAAGGACACAGUAGAAAAUAAACACAUAGUGAAAAGCAGCAACAUUUACACAACGCGUUGGAGACAGAAGUCUUGCAUUCUGUCUGCAAGCGACUUUAGACUUCCAUGUUGCGUCAUAAUUAGGGUUGCUGAUUAAAAAUAAACAAUUGCGAGGAAAAUUGAGCAAGUAUCUUGCGACCCCCACAUCCUGCCUUCUUUCUAUAUAUUCGUGCUGGCUAUGAAACAAUUCGCAGCAAAAUGUAUCAAGCUAAGAGGUUUUUUGUAUUACGUGGGAAGUAGGGCUCUUUCCAGCCAAUUCAAAUCAUUGUAAAGUCAGACUGUCUAAUCAAAAAUUGCUUUGUCAGCCAUCUCGAUUUCUGUACUAAGUGCGUGCGAAUCUUGGAGAAAUAUAAAAGCAAACCAGACAACGUUUAACACCUCGGCAAAAUGAGAAUUCUGGACCUCGCACUUUCUAUAUAUUGCGUGAUUGGUAUGUUUCGUGAAUAAUAGAGAUUGUUUAAAUAAGUAAGACAGGCAUGUAGGUUUUGAAAUACUAUGUACAGUGCAAUUGUCAUAUCAAAUUAGCUAUCUAUUACCGGAUUAUUUUUUUAGGUACAGCUUCUGCCGAAACAUCCAAAAUACCAUUAUCGAACGGACUCGAAGAUAAUGUCAUCACCUCAGUCGACUUGCGACAAUGGGUGGUCGUAAACCUCCCCGAGCAACUUUUGGUAGUGCUAAUUUUCAGAAGCAUACUCAUAAACACUUAAGACAAUAUGUUGUGAAGAGGCUAUUAUUAUAAUAUUUGUCUUUUAUUAUGUAGUUAAGUAAAGUUUUGGUGGACAAAUGCGACCAUGUAACACUUUAACGCUGUCUUUUCAUCAAAGUACCAAAUACCAUAUAUGACGAUACCGCUUUCCACAGAUAAGUUUUCGGCUAAUUUACCUAGUAUUAAAACUGUUAUGGUUGUUUGAAGUCAUUGUGCAAAUUCGGACAAUUAUACCAUGUAAUGUGUCAAGGGGGAGUUUUCAUUGCUUGGUUUUUAUUACAUUUCGUCGUUCCUUCCAUCCGUUAUUUUUCGCUAUCAGAGGAAUAGUAUAUUUAAAUUUAGAGCAUUGAUUUGGAUGAUCUACAUCUUUUCUGUAAUAAUGGGUCAUGCAAGGCCAAAAACAACGAAACUAUUGAAGCUACAUACGUUCAGAUAAAAGGUAUGUGGUUUGUUUAAUAAUUACUUUGAUUUCUCUUGAAAAAACAAACUUUAUUCUUCACGCAGUAUUCUGUGCUGAUUAAGACGGCAAACAAUAAGAGUAAACAGAUUAAUAAAGGACGUCAGUUGAAACAAUUAUUCGUACAAAAUAACCCAGUUACAUAAAAUAAAAUCGAGUUUUCUUUGCGAAUUGACUGGUUACACUGCGAUUGUUGGACAUUUACAUUCCAGUGAGCCAGACUUUCCCAAUUCCCAGUGUGUUCAAUCAUUCUUCAAGACUUUUUUCCGCAUUCUUAAUCGUGCUCAUGGAGUUAUAUGCGAAAAUGAAAUGAUGGUAGUAGGCUAGGAAACGUACAGCAGGCUAACUGUUAGAGAGCAUUCUUGAUGGUCAGGUCAUUAAUGGCAGGAAUGAAAUUAGAUAACCAGCUUGGGAGGCCUAGAAAGCAGGAGAGACCGGGAAAAAUCGCAUAAAACUGCUUCGACGAAGCCAGUUGUGAAAAGUGACUAAGGGUAUGGAAUACUACCUAGAGAGAAUCUUUAAGGUUUGGAGGAGGGAGGAAACUUACGAGGUAGGACGUGCUCGCAGUCACAGUUGAAGCCAGUCAUUCAUUUCAAAUUUGCAAAUACCUUUCUGUAAUGGCGACGCGGGCAGAGGGCAGCACUCGAGCAAAAGAGAUGAGUAAUCGAAGGUGUAUCCGAUUAAUACCAGGCUCUUUGUAAUUGACUUCCUUUGAUUCGUUUCCCAAUUCGAUCUAUCAACCUUUCUGAGGUGUCAUUGGAUUUUUAAAAACAUGCAUCCCUAUGCAACCUCUGAGCUUUGAAAAACCUUGGUAAAAUGUGUUUAAUUGUUUUAGCUGGGAUGAUAGUUAUACUGAUUAGAAAAAAGAGGGUCAAUGGAAGUUUAUGUUAAUUCAAUCUUGAUAGGAUGUCUUCGCACCCCAGAGACAACGUGUUUUGAGUUAAAUAGGAGACUUACGGUCAUCUCGAAAUCGCCAUUUCCGCUAAUAAUACUUUGAUGGGUGAUUACAUCAUUUGAUAUAUUUAUCAUACUUAUAAUGCUCUCGGUUGUCUCGGAGAAACAUAUCUUGUCGUCCUGUUGGCGAAAUGGACUUUAUUUGGGAAAAUCAAACGAAUACGAACUGAAGUGUCGUGUUCUAAUGACCGGUAAAGUACUAACAAAAAGUGAAGACUGCAUUUUUGAACUCGGUUUCCAUUGAAUGAACCAUCACUGGGAUCCGCCAUCUUUCGUAGGCCGUAACGUCUGGCAAAGCCACUCUAUUGUUUUUCCGUCAUCAGAAAUGAGCGCCAGAUACGAAUGUAAUAAUUUCAUUACAACGAUCGAUACCUCAGCGUUAGAUGAUAACACACUAGCAGCACACGUGUUUCGCCGAUAUUUUUCCGCUGCUUGGCAUAGCUGCAAGGGGUUCGGCCCAUCGGUGAAUCCCACAGCAUUCUCCGUGUGCAUUUCUUGUAGAUACUUUAGUUAAAUACGUGGUUAUUUCGUUGUGCCCAACUGAUUACGGCUCAUAUAUCUUUAGAAAAUCCCAGUCUGGGCCUAGAGGUCUCAAACGCAUUGAUCUAAUCUAACUUAACGAUGAAUUUCCAAAGAAAUUUAAUAACCACAAGGUCAAAAGCGCUCGGGAAAUCUAGGGGUCCACUGACGAUCCGAACCUCUCGCAGCUGUGCGAUGCAGCGGCGGAAUAUCAACGAAACACAUUUCUGGGCUUUUACCUAGUACCUGUACCGUUACUUCCUGAAGAAACUAAAAAGCGACAGUCACUAUCUUGUAAUAUAUCAAUCAAUACAUGAUAUUUAAGCAUCAAAAAUCAAAUCCGGUGUUUUACAAAUAGACAGACCACUCUUGAAAAGUACCUGUCAUGAGCGUGUUUAGCGGGAUAAUCUCACGAAAUUACGUAUGCUUAUACAGAAAAACUACUCAUAGAACUGUCCAUAGCAAGGUGGCAUCGUGAUUUGAACAGCAGCCUUACCGUGAAAAAAGGUUUUGAUUUCAUUUAACUUUUAGAUAUAGAAUCCCGCAUUGUAGCAACGCGUUUCCCACUUAUACGUAUAGCCGUGCAAAACCUGUGGGACCAGUUAAUACUGUCAACGUUUUUCGGUCACUUAACGAAAGCAGAACUGCCCUUCUAUUUAUAUGCACCCAGAUUCUGAUGGGAUGAAUUAGAUAAAAUAACCAGUGAUCAGGCCUGUUUAUUUCAGCGGAGACGGCACUGAAUACAAUAAAAGGGCGGUUAACUGAAUAUUGGGCAGCUCUUAUAGACUGGGGCUAUGUAAUACUAACAGUUUCAAAUAGAUGGCCUCUUUGUAUCCCUUUGAACAAUCUUUCUACAAGACAUUCACUCUCUUGGCUCCUAUUGAGUGUACAUCUUAUGAAAAUAUUUGCUGGGAAUCGUAUAUUACCUAGGCGAAAAGUUCAUUUUCCAUAAGAUACUUUUUCAGUUCUCGAAUUUAAGACAUCGUUAAAAGUUAAGAAAACCUUCACUCUAGAAGUGCAUGUUUUCAUCAUGAGAUGGCUCAGCUCAAACUAGGGUGUUUAGAAUCUAUUAGAAUUUCACUCGCGUUUUGAGAUAACCCUUCAGUAGCCCAAGAAGGCACUUUGUAGACUCGAAAUCGCUAUCAUCAGUGGGUUAUCUUAGAAUAUUUUGGUUUAUAAAAUUUUUAGAUGGAGGUCACUAUCAAGUGAGUGCACAAUUCGGCGACCUUAAUCUCACGAACUACUUUCGAAUUGGGUGGGAGAUAGAGGAGUUCGGAAGACCCGGACGGAAGACACUGCUUACACAAUUUAUUGUACCCGCUAAUAUCUGGCCUGUUAACAACAAAAGUGAGUGAUAUUUGAGUGAAGUUAAGUAGAAAACAAACCUUUUAUUUUCUGAGAUCUUACAAACAACAACAGUCUUUAAUUGCAGGUUGUAUUCAACCGCGAUAUUCUCUACCACUCUUCCGAUCUGUCAAUGAAAGUUCUCAGAUAACAGUGCGGUGCACUAUCCGGAAAUCGAUGUGUCUUGAAAAUGAAAGCGUAUGUUGUGCCUACCAAUCUGUGAAUGUGUCAUGCAGUUGGAUUGGAUUAGUUAUAAAACAUUUUUUUUAUUUUCAGAUUGUAAUUUUUGACUUGAACAAGGACUUCUGCGUAUACAACGAGACCGUCAAAACGUGCAGUGAGUGCUUGAUCGAUAAACGUUUUUACUAUCAUUUAAGGCCCAGUUGACUCUUCGUACUCCGAUAUAAGUUGUCCAUAUUAAGCUUUUAUAAUUUUCCUGUAGACAAAACAGAAGAGGACGGCGACAUCGUCCAUUAUACUACUACGGUUUCUAACACGUUCCCAAACAAGUAUUUUCCUGACCAUUACGUCUUCUGUAAUUCAAAUGGGAGUUACAUUUCAACGAGGGUUACCUGGAACUCAGGUGAGAUUUGUUUUAAAUAGAUAUCCGUGAUCUCUUUGAGGACCUAAUUUUUUCAGUAUUUCAGCUGCGGGAGCCGAUAAUGAUAAGAGCCUAAUUAAAACUGCCCUAUGAGUGGUGGCGGUGCAGAAACCAGAUCAAAUUAACUAUCUGCAUUAGAUAAUGUUAAUAGUAGAUCAAGCUUUAAAAGAAAUCGAAUUCUCGAGAUGGUAAUUAUAAAGACACAACUGUUUCAAACGAUUCUGCAGCAAAAAACAAUCACCGUAGAUUGAAAAUUAUUUACAUUGAAAGGCUUGUUAGAAGAAGAAAAUCUGCCAGAUGCUUCACAGGUCGUGCAUGGCUAUCGAAUCAUGCUACUUAGUUUUCGAUACCAUUUUUAUAAAUUGCUCGGCAUAAACAAUUUCUUUUGUUUUCCAUAGACCAAUUGUCGACGAUUAUUGAAGAAAAUACAACGACAAAAACCUGGACUCCCGGCAAUAAAACGUGUAUGCUUAUUUGUCCGUGUUACCGAGGCUUUAGGCAUUUUAAUAACUUGAUAUUUAAAAAGGCGUCCCUUUCUGUAUUUUUAAUGUAUUACAAGGUAGUGAAUAUAUCACGUAAAGUGUUUUAUAAGUAUGCUGAAUGUCGAUGAUAAAUCUGUCAAUGUAUUUGCGUUCUAAGGUUAGUUUAUACGAUAUGCAAGUCCACACUGGCUUUGACCGUACGAAGAUAUAGUAAAGACUGAAGUGGUAUAAAUCUCCAGUUUUGGUCAGACAUUUGAUAAAAGGAUGUCAUUUCAUUUCCAAAAGUACUGUCGCCCAGCGAGGGUGAAAUUAGACAAGUAUUAUGAAUGACAAAUCAAAUUUGUACUCAAGUGUAUGUGCAAACUCUCGUACUUCCCAAAGUGAAAAAAACGCUUUGCACUCGUGUCUCUUAAAAACUGCAAGCAGACUAGUUCCGAUCGUCUGAAAUCCGUCUGACAAUAAGUGAUGUGAACGUUAUAAACGGAAUAUGAUUUUUGCAACAUAAUUUUUUCAUUUUUCCCUUUCACAUAAACGUACGCAUCUUUUCCAUGGAGCAGUGGUCUACGAUCAUUGUGGAGACUGAAUGAACGACAAAACACUGAAUUUAAGGAGUGUUUUGUAUAUUUUUAUUCAUUUAUAUUCAUAUUUCCAAUUCAUAUAUUUGCGUAUCUCGAGAAGUCUGCAUCCAGACACAAGGGAACACAAAUCUUGAUUUUUACCGUUAUAGUGCAUAGAGGCGCAAUGAAACUUAGGGUUAGACUGAUUUUAUUCAGGCUCAUUUCAGUUUGGAGUAGCAAAGCUAAAAGUGAUAUUCGCUGCAGUAUGCGAGUAGGCAUUAAGUCUAACAGUUAGAAUGUUAAAGAAGGUCGACUGGAGCCAAAGUAGUCAGAAUGCUAUGCAUUUUUCGAACGCGCAUCAUAUUAUUUUUGCAGAGACAUAGAUCGCCUGCCGGGAGACGAAUUACACAUAUAUGCUGUUUUGCGAAAUCGAUACUGGCAAUUAAAGACAGAUUCGCAGACUGCCUGCAUAAACGUUUGUGUCGGUAUUUGUUCUUGUCUGACGUCAGUAUUAAUCAAACUAAAUCACGAACAGCAGAAUUUAUGGUCGAUUGAGGGAUAUAGCAUGAAAGUAAAAACCUAAGGUUCCAAUUCAACGUAUUUUCAGUGGCUGGUCCAUUCCCUGAAACAUUAGCCGAAAUCGUGAUCCCAAACAGAAAGGAACACCUAUGUGAGGUUAUAACAUUGAUUAUUAUAAAACAUAAACUAAGGACAAUUUAGUCACGUCGCAAUGUCAAUUUUCUAAUAAGACCCUUCCUUAACACUCGAAAAAACCACUCCCAAAAAUGAUUGCGCUAUUUCAAAUGCAGAUAUAUGCUAUAAGCAUCAUAACAAAAAUAGUUUCGUGUACCCCUUUGCUAGCACAAAACGUUUUUUAAAUCUUUUUUAGCAGAUGGGAUAUGUUUGGCCUUGCAAAGUUUGCACUCACGACACAUUGUCCCCUCAAUUUGCGUUACGACUGUCGGGUUCAUCAAUGUUUUAAACGGUUUAAAUUGAUUCGAGACUUUUAUAUGUCCUGUAUGGCUGAUUUUGCUAAGGCAGAGAAAUAUGAGCCUAUAGCACACAAUUUGCAAACCAUCAAAGCAAGUGCAACGCAUGUUGAACUUAAAACUUUUGGGUCGUAAAGUUUUCUUUUAUCUUUAAGACCCGUAUUCCAAAGUGUAAACUUUGAAGAAAUCACAAUUUGUUACAAUAUGUGCACAAGAAAAUGUGUUCUUGUGCAUGUGUUUUUAUAAAAUAUAUCUGCAUUUAUAAUGGACCAAAAUUGGUAGGAAAAAUUAGUGCCGUUUAGUAGAUAUUUUGCAGAUAUUUUAUAUUUUUUGUUUUUCAGUCGGCCGGAAAGAAGCUCGUAUCCGGAUGUGCUUGGCGUGUUUAGAAAUAUAUUGCAUGAUAAUUAAUAUAACAGACUAACUUGUGUUGUUUUUUAGUCAUAAGACGUUCCAGAAUUUAAAUUAUCAUCCCGUUCGAACGGUUAUAUAUUCUAUAACCCUUCUUAUAUUUUCAUGAAACGAAAAGCCAAAGCUGGUGAUCUGCAGGGCAUUUUUUUCGCAAUCAUGGACACACGCUAAUUUUGUUUGCAUUACAUACUGUCAUACCACAUGGAACGCAAAUUAAGCUGAUAAGAAGCUGCAGUGCUGAUGCAAUAUAAACUGGAGUUCGGUUAAGAAUAACUAGUUGUGUCUCUUUUUGCCGAAAAAACGGUGGAUGUUUGACUGUUUGAAGGCCCAAAGGGGAAUUGCAAGUUUGUUAAACUUCAUUCUAACAGGUCCUGAUCGAAACGACAGGAAAACUGGCACGUGGUCCACUGGUUAAAGGCGUUGGACGUCUAACCAACAGGUCUCGAGUUCAAGUCUCGUGUGUUCCACACUUCAGGGUUGGAUAUGACGGGCUGACGACGGCUAAUAAGCCAGAAAUGGCCAUUCCAAUCUCCCUUGUCUUUGUUGGUAAUACCAUACUGCUUAUAUCAUGCGCCGUUGUGCGGCUGUUGGUUGGGCUCGAGAGAGCGAGUGCCGAUAAGGUACAACGAGACGUGUAAGUUCCGUAGAAACGAUCGGUGAGCGCCUCUCUACCAUUCCCAGUUAUUCUGUCCCGAAAUCAGGCGUAUUGGUGCUCAGCAAAUGAAUGUCCUAAAAAGAGAACAACCAUAACCCGUCUAUUGGGUAACUAUAACUCCUAAGAUGAGAUUUCCUUGGACAUCGACCACGGUAACUUAGUUCUUACAUCAGUUUCUGUCUUAAAAUACAAGUAACUCAUAUAUUUGACCAAAUUUGUGACUGUAAAAAAUAUAGUCAAAGCAAAAAAUAUGUGCUCUGUUCCGAAAUAGUGCUGAAGAGCUUUAUGGUCCAAUUCGCACUUGAUCUGAAAAUAUAGGACAGUGACUCAGUGCUCCAGUGUCUGAUCAUUUUUUCUCAACCAUUAGCGUAUCCAUAAGGGGUUUACUUAAGUUUGAGGACAGUAAAACGCCGUGAGCAGCACCCAAGUUUUUCGAUUUCCCACAAAGAAUCAUAUCAGUUUGUUAGUAACAUACAUUUGCUGCAAUAAUCUUGCCUAGCAAGCGGUAACAUUACUGUCAAAAACGAAAUCAUUUGCUUUUAUGCUUUAAAAUCUAUGUAAAUCGGACUGGAAUGUAGAAUAAAUAGUAAAUAGCGGUCCAGAUGCUGCUGAAAGCGGAGGCAGAAUAUUAAGCAAAUAAUGAUACUAAGCAAGAAUUUAUUCAGAUGUAUUUUCUCAAAUAUCGGACGGCAUAUUUGCAUACACCGUUUUUUGCGGAAAAGGCCUGAUAAGUAUAUUUUUGGGCCAACGAUGCAUGUACGUUAGGUGCCUUCUUAUGCUGUCAUAGGCAAAUAACAGGUAAUUGGAUGGUCACAGUGGAACAUUCAGCAAAUGAAUUUGGAACUUCGACAACUGGAGACCGAUUAUCAGUCGCACUUACGUAUUUCAUGACGUAUAUUUGAAUAUCGAAUCCUGUGCUAUCUAGAUCUCGCUAAAGUUAGCCGCCAGAGCUGUUCUUUAUUGCUGUAGAAGUAGCAUGAUUUUUCUUUUUGUUUACUGCAUGCCCUGUCAACAGACAUCGACUAGUAAUCCACAACGCAGAGUCAUUAUGAACGACAACUAGCUCAAAAAUAUAUGCUUGUGUCUUUCUAGCAGGGGACUGCAUUCUAAACACGAAAUCAGCCACAUCACUUGUCGAGCCGAAAAAAUGAGUUCUGGCUUGUAAUGUGCUCACGGACAUUUUGUACGCAAAUUUCGUCAUUUUAGCGAAAGUUGUUAAACAAAUGUAUCUGUGUUUUACUUAUCCAGACGUAAUGCCCUGAUAAAAUUUCCACAUUGACUCGUGUGUUUUUAUAUUCCAAAAAAACUUGUCAUACUGACUGCUCAUUAUCACAUUGUCAAUUAUGUUGUUUAAUCCGCUUUAUUUACUGGAGUUUGCAGCAUUUGUUUUGUUUAGACAUUUCAACCCAGAAUAAUCAUUUUUCUUGUUUACCGCUGAAAGUAGGAAAUAGUUUUAAAAGUAUAUUUUGGCUUAAAUAAUCCUACAUUUACCAGUUUGUGAUCGAUAGAUAUAUAGUAAAAGUCAUGCAUCAUUUUAUGCGCAAUCUUACCAGCACGUCAAAACACAUGUUGACAUUUUCGUUAUUUAACGCAUUUUUAUGGCCUUUAUUUCAGAUGAUCAGUGCUCUUGCCCAAGCUCAUGUAAGAUUACGAGAAAAUGACCUUCUUAUUUUCCGUUUACAAAAAUAAACAAAUUUAUCUUUGUUUCUCAGAUGACACAAGAGAACUGCCAUCGUGUAAACGAGAUGGUGAGUAUUUCACCCCAUAAAUUCACGCGCCUGACAAAAAAACAAUUAUUAACGUUAAGCAUUAUUUUAUCAUCUAGCAGUAUUUGAAUGUUCCGGUCCUUGCCAAGGAUAAAAAGUAAGUGAAGAGCACCCAGGAUUAAUAAAUGUUAAGCGAAUUUGAAAAAACCUCUCUGAAUUUCGGUCAUUUUUCUUAAAAAGGAAUGCUGUACAUUAUGGUCUUUUAGCCCGUAAAAUUCUCUUUCAUAUAAUAGACAUAAACCAAUGAAAGCCCAACGUAAACAAAACUAGCCAGUUAAUUACCCACUUCGUUUUAGGUAAAUGCGCCGGUGUUUCGAAAGGAAAUCUGUUAAAAUUAAAAGAAAAACGAUUACGGAGCUGAAGUGCCAUUCGAACCUCUCCCAUAAACUGUAUUUCUUAAUGACAUGUAUAUGACGUUUCAAACAAAGUUAUAUCAGGGUUUCUGAUGAGCCUUUUUAAUGUGCAGAUUUUCAAAGGACGCGCCACUAGUGAAAUGUUUGCGGCUGUUGUGUUUAUUGGUCGGCAUACGAAUGUGAGACAGUAGAUAAUUCAGACAUCCGCAUGCGACGUUUCAAGACCUAAAACUUGCAACUUAACGUAUUGUGGACGUUUUUGUGUAAAUGCUCAUAAAAAAAACACGAUAGUAAAUUCAUAUCAAUGCAUUCGGGAUACUUUUGCGUCCGCUGAGCGUGGUUGUGUAAAUAUUACGCAAUCUUAUAUUCCGCGAUUAACUUCACGGGUGGUGCUUGAGCUCGUCGCAGACAGAGUGGUAGAUUGUCGAUGCUCAACGCUCGGUUUUAAAUGACAAUGUGUCUAUGCAUCCGAGGUGGUUCUUGCCAAAUUACCUUAAAUUGAUGAAAGCGAUGUAAGUAGAAGAGAAAGCCCCAGAUGAACGCAGUUCCGUCUAAUGCCGUUUCGGAAUAAUCUGGCGAAGUUGCAUAAAUCACAACUAUAGUAAAAUUAUCCAUGAUACUUCAAAUUGUUUAAAACAUUAUUAUCAUUAAUUAUGCCUAAUUCUAAAACGAACAUCUGGCGGCCUUUUCGGCGAUUGUUAUCGACUUUGACACAGACGUUAACUAGGCUUUAUAAACACUCAUUUAAUGUAACGAAUAUGGACAUCAGUCUUCCUGCUCCUUGGAGAGCCGUUGUGAAUUCGAAAUGCAGUUAAGCGUUUUUUGAGCAUUGCAUAAAAUGCACACGUCAAUUUUGCGAAUUUGAAAAUAGCAAGACUGAUUGGAUUUAGUUAAAAGUCGUCAAUAAUCGUCUGAAUACUACACAACACGUCCCUUCUUAUUUUCACUGGACACAUAAACUGAAACUUUACCUGACACUACCUGUGAGACCCCCACUUGGUUGGCAGGCCACUGUUUUUCCGGAAGUAUGUAAUUAGCAAAACACCUGCCGAAGCAUUAACGAACAACAUUUACUUACGAGUUCUGUUCGUUCAAAUUAAAAAUUAGUUCGCAAAUGUGAAUGUUUAUUGUAUGUAAAAUCAAAUGUGAUAGACUUGACUAAAAUCUAUCAGCCUUAACUGUGACCCAAAAUUACGAAGAAACUUUAGCGAAAAUACUAGCUGCGCAAGAAUUUGAGCACGAUUAGAAAGUGAAGGACAAUGCGUUGCACCCGAAGAUAACUUAUCAGGACUUUGUAACAAGGCCGACUAAUUAUGCAGUGAUUUCAUUUUGUAAAGCGAUCGCAAAUCGGAAAGCUAAUGCCCUAUGAUUCGCAACGAUUCCUUUGUAGAGAGACAUCGAUUUACCUCUCAUUUUUCAUGAGAAGCUACAAAACUGUUUCAUUAUUUUUAUUCCAGUGAUGCUUUCUCUAGCAUGUUUUGUUCAGAUAUCUUGAAACUUAAUUAAUAAUGCCGUAUACGGAACUAGAGGGCGUUGUGUGAAACGAUUUGGCGGUUUCAGUAGUACAUAAGCCUUUCUUUAGCUUUAGCAAAUCGCGACGUGAACUUUGAACAGCAGACAAACUCAUUGGACGUACAUGGUAUGAAGUUCGCCUACGAGUUACCAAUUCGAUGUUUAACCUUCCUGUGUACGCUUAAAAAGAAUUGGUGUAUAUUGUGCGGAGAUUUAAGCCUUUUGUUAAGUGAGGGGUUUAUUUUGAUAUUACGGAAGUUCAGUAGUUAAAUCUGCCAGAGAUUAUCUUCCAGAACAUUGUAAGCGUUUUUCUUUAUUUAGAAGGAAACGCCCCUACAUUGAUAUGUAAAUAAAUAUUGCAGUCGCUAGCCCUCGAUAGGAUUUUAAAAUGUCGCCAACAUGAGGAAAUUUCCGAACAAAACAGUUUCGUAUGCUUGCUAGCUCGCGUCCGUAAACUUGAUGUGAGCUGGGGUUGACAAUUUGUUGUUGGUAGCCUGCGGGUCUAAUUUACCCGCAGCACAAAGAUCGGCGAAAGCAGUAUCCGCUGCUUACCUGUCCGCAUCAAACAGUUAUUAUUCGUUCAUAAACUAGAUGACCAUCUUGAUGUCUAGCGCCUUCAAUUUUAUGGUUGUUAUAACACUUAAUUUUGAACCAGAGGGAACCAUAUUAAUUCGAACUUCACAAGUGUCUAGAAAGCGACCGCUUCGCAUGAAGUCCUACGUGCGUUUUUGUGCAGCUGACAACUGUAUUCAACUUCGUUAUGAUUUGUCUGGUCGAAAGAUAGAGUAAAGACUGACCGGCAAUCUAAAGCCGAAAAGAAUUAAUAUUCUUAAAAAGACGUUUUGUCUACUAGACGCUAUAUUAAAAAAACCAUCAAUCACAACCGUCUCCCUGUCCUAUUCCACUGUAACCUCUUAAACAAACUCUGCCUACCAGAAUUUUUUCAAGGUCGCUGACAGUAAAGCGGCUGUUUAGCAAUCGCAAUGACUGAUACACAUGUGGUUGCCAUGCGCAAGACCGACGGAACAGCUACUACCAAUAAUUUUACUUAAGUAUUGAUUUUGAUCAAAAAUGACAUUAAACAACCCGAUUUUUUGACCGUUUACGUUUCAUGCGCAUACAUGCUGACGGACAAGAGUGGAAUCGAACGGACUAAAAUACGCAGAAAUCAACGUUAUAUGCAAACCGAAACAAACAAAGCUAUAGCUGUAUACCAAGAUAUACAACUCAAAUCGACAAUCGCUACAAAAUAUGGCGAAGACGGAGCAAAUCCUAAUUUUUGUUUUUGCAAUCAUAUUGGUCGGAUUGUUCAAGCUUUCGAAAUGAACUUAUUGAAAACGCAAAUAGAACUAUAAUACAAGCCGCUACAUCAGUUACCUAAGUAAAACUUUAAAGCAAGCAAGGUCAGCAGCAUUUAAUGGUACCAGAAAAUUUCGCGACGGCUUUUUAACUACAGCCUGUCGUUGCAUAACACAAAUAACAAAUGAGAAAGGUACAGAGGUUUGAAGUUCGACAGAGAAAAUCAAUUUAAAACAGCAAGCUCAACGUAUACUGCGCCUAGACUAGUGAAUACAAUGUUAACUUCAAAAUGCAACAUAGGAAUGAAAAUGGGGAUGUUAACAUGCCGAGGGAGUUCGAAAAUCAAAAGGACUCAGGUUUAUCAGGGCAAGCUGAGGUUGACCACGUGGUCUAACUGUUUAAAUAGGUCGGGUUUCUCCCGCCGUAUAUAGGCUGCCUCCAGGUAGCGCAAUAACCGAGUAGUUCUUGCUCGAACUAACACUCGAACAGACGUUUUGGGGUCAACCGAAUGGCCAGUAUCAAGGAAAUGUUUUGUAAUAGAAGACCGUGGAAUCUUAUUCUCCUGCUUUAGAAGCCAUUGGCUGCCUUGGCUGCCAGUUGCCUUUGCGUUCGCCCAGUGUAUUUGCAUCCACAAGUGCAUGUAAAGGAUAAGGGUAAGGAUAUUAUAACGGGCUUUUUGGGAGCAGACUGCUAAGUCAAUUUUGGCCGUAAAGUGUUGCAGUACUUUUCGAUUAAUCAUGCUGGAUAUCCUCGUUUAAGCAGGGCUGUUUUAAGAGGCAAGAAAUUUCAUCAUCCAGCUUUUCAAUAGAGCAAAUGUUUUUUGCUCUGUGGAAUAGAGUAUAAACCAAAUUUCGCUUUCGCUGUAUCGAUACAAAGCUCAAGAAGUGCAGGUAUUGGCCUUUUCAUGUAUCUUUUUGGAAAACAGGUCGCCUUUUUGAAUCAUUUUCCUGUUUAGUCAUGAGGACAUCCAAGAAAGAAAGCUUGUUGCACUGCUCCUUUUCUAUUGUGAAUCUAAUCUUUGGAUGCAAACAGUUCAUGGCAACAAGUAGGUCUUAGGCUUUAUCGUCGUUAUCAAAAAUGGUAAAAAUGUCGUCUACAUAUCUUUUGUAGUGCUUUCCUAUUCAAUUUGUUUGAGAACGUUUCUUCUAAGUGACCCAUAAAAAUGUCGGCAAGGGUUGGACCAAGUGGUCUUCCCAUUGCCGCUCCAUCAAUUUGUCUGUAUAACUGUUCAUUGAACAGAAAUUGAACGUUUUUCGUGCAAUGUUUUAACAUGUCACAUAAUAUUUCGGGUGAAAGGCGGGUUUCAGACGCAUGAACGCGUGGUCAACCUCAGCUUGCCCUGGUAGACCUGAGCCCUUUUGAUUUUCGAAAUCCCUCGGCAUGUUUACAUCCCCAUUUUCAUUCCUAUGUUGCAUUUUGAAGUCAACAUUUUAUUCACUAGUCUACGCGCAGUAUACGUUGAACUUGCUGUUUUAAAUUGAUUUUCUCUGUCGAACUGCAAACCUCUGUACCUUUCUCAUUUGUUAUUUGUGUUAUGCAACGACAAGCUGCAGUUAAAAGGCGUCGCGAAAUUUUCUGGUACCAUUAAAUGCUGCUGACCUUGCUUGAUUUAAAUUCAUUCCGGGAAAAUACUGCUUCUAAGCAUAACUAUUGCAUCUUACAUUUGUCCUACAUAUUAGAAGUCUAAAUCUGAUUUAUAUUUGAGAAUGUCUGUUCCAACAGUAUGUGUCUACUAAAAUAAUUAAUACAGUAAACCAGCCCAGAGAGAUUUGCGUGUACUAUAGUGCAUCAGACCUCUUAUUUUAUUUUUCACUUAAGAAUACUCGAUUAAAAUGCACUUACACUUUCUUCCAACCCCGACUUAAAAUCUGCACUGCGACAAAAGUGUUGCCAUGAGGCACGAAACAUUGGUACGUAAGCUGCAUUAGAUGAGGCCAUUGACAUCGCUGCUCCUAUGGCGUACCACAGUUAGACUUAUUUGGCGUCUAUAAUAAAAAGUAUUGUACAAUUCAAGAAAUUUUCUUUCUCCAACACGGGUUAGAAAAAAAUGAUUGUUGAUAAAGAUUAACAAAUUGCCCUUUUCAGAAAAAAUAGUACUUGCUCCAUCGACAUCUCCCAGUUAAUACGAAAAACACAGCAUCUUUUAUGUGUAACGACUAGCAAAAGGGCCACAAAUCCCCAGACAAUUUCCGGGUGAAAGGAAUCACAAGGCGUGCGGGGCUAUGCAGAACAUUAAUCGAAGUCUGCGUGAGAGUAAUUUCCCAAGAGAAGUAUUUUAUGGGUAGCAUGAACAAGCUCGAUUCACUUAUUCACGUGUGUCGAUAUUUCAAGUUCCUCAAAUUUCAUGUUGUAAAAAAGGGAAUUAAUCUAUAAAAGACAAAACAUAUAAGAAAGGCUUAGGUAAUACUGAAACCGUCAAAUCGUUUCACACAACGCUCUCUACUUCCGUAUACGGCAUCAUUAAAUAAAGGUUCAAGAUAUCUGAACAGAACAUGCUAGAGAAAGCAUCACUGGAAUAAAAAUAAUGAAACAGUUUUGUCGCUUCUCAUGAAAAAUGAGAGAAAAAUCAAUGUUUCUCUAAAAGGAAACAUUGCGAAUCAUAGGGCAUUAGCUUUCCGAUUUGCGAUCGCUUUACAAAAUGAAAUCACUGCAUAAUUAGUCGGCUUUUUUACAAAGUCCUGAUAAGUUAUCUUUGGAUGCAACGCAUUGUCCUUCACUUUCUAAUCGUGCUCAAAUUCUUGCGCAGCUAGUAUUUUCACUAAGGUUCGAUUCACUUAUUCACGUGUGUCGAUAUUUCAAGUUCCUCAAACUUCAUGUUGUAAAAAAGUGAAUUGAUCUAUAAAAGACAGAACAUAUUAUUCGUUCUGCUUUCAUUACUACAGCAUUUGAAAUGCACCCGUUUAUAUGAUAUGACCGCUGGUAGGGUACAGAAAGCUAUCAUUGAGGAAACAAGGAUUAAGGUCACACUUCCUUUCUACUUUAAUCUUUCUUAACCUGCGUACCGGCAGAGUCAAGCCCUAAGACAUAUUGCACCAAUAAGAUGACAAAUUCAGAAGCCAGCGCGGAGUCAGUGACGGGCAAGGCUGAGCAGCAGCGUCCGGCUAAGGGGAUAAGCUAUUCAUUUAAUUUGGAUGCCCAUCUUUGCACAGUCGACGUUUCAGCAGAAGAAACGUGUGACUUAUCGUGCAGCAGGAGCUACAUUGUGUCGUAAUGUAGCUUGUGGCAGUGUGUGUUGGUGAGCCUGUGUGAACUGGCAGGGGGUUUUGGAGGUAGUCGAGACCGUCUUCUCCUAGUAAAGAUUUUUACGUAUGUACAUGUAGCAGGCAAAUGAUUUGACAGCUCAUGACGCGCGUUCGCCGGUCUUAUUUCGAUGCAUUCACAAGUGGCUGGCCUGCCAGAUUUGGGUUUAGCAUUUGCGGUCACAAGGAGGACAGGUUAAAAUUAAUGUUUAGUUUGCUGGAGGUGAUAACGGUCACCAGCAGAGUGAUGAUGCUUAGGCGGAGAGGUCACGUUUUUGUUCACUUAGUUUGGAUGUACACGUUUGUAUAUUUGAUAUUUCAGCUAUCUUGAAGAAGAAGAAGAAGAAGAAGAAGAAGAAGAAGAAGGAGAAGAAGACACGGUCGUUGGGACAAGAGCUUUAUUAG